AACAACGGCGAAACGUAUGCUAGCCUAAUGCUAAAGUCGUACAGUAAGGUUUCUUGAACUGAUCAUUGUUAAGCUUUAUUUUACUGAAUACGUUGCAGGUCUUUACUUUCAGUAAUGACGACUCAAUUUGCUCCACCGUUUUUAAAUGUCAGUGAAUAAUGCUGUUUGUGUUUUUGUUCAUCGCAAAUGCUUACCAAAGCUGAUUGAAAGAUUGGCCACGCAAUGGCGUUAAAAAUAAUGUAAAUGCAUUAGUGCUUUCCAGGGUUUCGGGUUACGAAUGCAUGUUGUGAUUUCCCUGGACCCCCCAAAGGAAUGUCCUGCAGGAUGAUGUACAUUCAAACAAAGUUUUUCUCCAACUCUCAUUUAUCUGCCAAACACAUGGGGAGCCCAAACCUGCCCCUGGAUGCCUUCAUUAAAACCUGAAUUCUCCCUCCAACAAACUCUUCAGAAUUCCCGUUUGCCAUGCGUAUCAGUUUGUGCCAGGGUCUGUUAACGGGUGCCAUCAUCCUCAACCUCCUCAUACUUUAUUACGUGUCUCGAGCCCAGCAGCAGAUGAUGGAGAAAAGGAAGGAGCUCGGAAGGGGCUCGAGGAGAACUGUCCGGCCGGCUUCCCCUUUCGGGGGAGCCUUAGGGGUUAUUGGAGGUGAGCAUGGAGGAAUGGCAGUAGAGGGCCACGGCCGAAGCCCACGAGUCACCGUUCUUCUUCGGGAGUUCGAAUUCUUUGAGAAUUUUGUUGGGGAUGUGGCUAAUUCCUUCCUCCGUCAACGUCCGGAGCUUCCCUUCCUGGCCGUGGCCGACACGUUUCCGUAUCCUCCCCUCGUGCUUCCAGACGGCGCCCGGCUUCUAGUGCUCUCUCCCAGCCCCGACCAGCCGCCGCACGCCCACAGGCCGGAGUUUCACGUGCAGACGGAGUUCGUGCUGUUGGUGCCCGACGGCGUGGAGCUGGAGGCACCAAGGGUUUUUGAGAGACUCAUCAAAGAGUUGGAAGGGGAAGGCGGGGGGCCUGUGAGGCUGGUAGCCGUGCCCGUGUUGGCGCGGUCCGCCGUGCAGUGUCUCCACCUGCGGGUGAACCUCAAGGAGUGGACCGCCACCUACUCGCCGGCCGCCUCGGGGAGCAGUGGGAGUGUGUGCACAGCUUUGCAAGGCGACGCCGUAGUCCUGAUUCGCACUGAAGACCUUUUCAACCUGUCUGUCCCUUUGGGGCGUCCCCUCUUCCCUGCCCUUUUCGUUCAGACCACCUUGAGGGGCUGGAAGGUGAAGUUGCUGGAGAGCCCGUGUUUCUCGGCAAACCACCGACCGCUUUUCAGCUCCGCUCACAACCAGUGGAAGGCUGACACUCGACUGAAGGAGGCCACGGGGAAGCUCAUGAGGAGCUUCGGUCUGAAGCGUCUCCUGCUACCCGAGGGGAAGGAACAGUGGUUCGGCUGCUCCAAAGAGACUCCCCGCUGCUUUGGCACCGUGCAGGACGAUACGCCAGACUACCUGUACCUGGAUCGCUGGACACCUCCGUGCUGUCUGCGAGCCCUGAGGGAAACCACCAAAUACGUCAUCAAUGUCCUGGAGAGCUCCGGCGUGCGUUUACUGGCUGGAAGGGGUUCUCUUCUCGGUGCCGUCCGCCACCAAGACAUCAUCCCCUGGGACUACGACGUGGACCUGGGGAUCUACCUGGAGGACGUGCCCAACUGCGACCACCUGAAGAGCCUGGACUCGGGCUCCCUGGUAGACGCUAACGGCUACGUGUGGGAGCGGGCGGUGGAGGGAGACUUCUACCGGGUGCAGUACAGCGAGGCCAACCACCUGCACGUGGACCUGUGGCCUUUCUACCCGCGCAACGGCGUCAUGACAAAAGACACGUGGACGGAGCACAAGCAAGACGUGGAGUUCCCCGAACACUUCCUGCAGCCGCUGGUGCCCAUGCCCUUCGCUGGCAUCACGGCCUACGGCCCCAACAACCAAAGGGCCUUCUUGGAGCUGAAGUUCGGGGAGGGGGUGAUUGAGAAUCCCCAGUACCCCAACCCCAUGAAAAAAAGGCUGGACAGAAGCAAAUUAUGAUCCGCAGCAGUGGUUCUCGGUUCCUUUUUUAUAUUGCACUGUAUUUAUUUACU